CAACCGUCCUGGCUCGCCAGUGAUUGGUCCCAGGGCGGAAAGGUGGGACGAGUGAGUGAGGAGGAUCCCUCCGAGGCGAGACAAAAUGGCCGCCUUGGAGCGGGUGAAGGUGCUGGUCCUGGGAGACUCAGGUGUGGGGAAGUCAUCACUUGUUCACUUGUUGUGUCACAAUCAAAUGUUGGGAAAUCCAUCUUGGACUGUGGGGUGCUCCGUUGAUGUUCGAAUUCAUGACUACAAGGAAGGAACUCCAGAAGAAAAAACAUAUUACAUUGAAUUGUGGGAUGUUGGCGGCUCAGUGGGUAGUGCCAGCAGCGUGAAAAGCACACGCGUAAUGUUCUACAACUCAGUUAAUGGCAUAAUUUUAGUACAUGACCUAACCAACAAGAAGUCCUCCCAGAACUUGUAUAGAUGGUCUUUGGAAGCUCUCAACAGGGAUACUGCUCCAUCUGGAGUCCUUGUGACAAAUGGGGACUAUGAUCGUGAACAGUUUGCUGAUAACCAGAUUCCACUGCUUGUCAUAGGAACAAAACUAGACCAGAUUCCAGAGAUGAAACGUAAUGAUGUCUUGACCAGAACUGCUUUUCUUGCGGAGGAUUUUGGUGCAGAAGAAAUUAAUCUUGAUUGCACCAGCCCUCGGUACCUAGCUGCAGGCUCCUCCAAUGCUGUCAAGCUGAGUAGAUUCUUUGAUAAGGUCAUAGAAAAAAGAUACUCUUUAAGAGAUGGUAAUCAGAUUCCUAGCUUUUCAGAGAGAAAGAGAAUUGGCGGUGGCUUUGUCAAGAGUCUCCACUAUGACUGACCAUCAUUUGUCAUCCAGAGGCUAUGGAAAAUUAAUUAUAUUACCUUUACUGCAAUAUUCCUUUUGUGUUAAACUAAAUCAGGUUCUCCAGUACAUAAAUCAACAGGACGCUUCAAAUGCAAAGUUGUUUGAAUGUAUACAGAAAUGCAUCUUCUUAGAUCUUUUUGAAAAGAACCUUUUGGACACAGCAGAAUAAGAUAAUUAUAUUAUGAAUUUCACUGUGUGAUGCAUUGUCUCAUACCAACAGGUUUUUGAUGUUUUAAAGGUGUUUUAAAGAUCUGUAAACCCAUAUCAUAGCCCUUCAAAGAAUGGUGAUGCUAAAAAUAAUUCAGAAAUCAGAGAUAGUCAAUUAGUUGAAACAGCAUUCCCUUUUACCAUUUAAUAUACCAUCAGAUAAUAUAUCGCUGAUUGCAACCUAUAGCUAAGGGACCAUAAAUAAUUAUAAACAAGAAAGGAAACUGGAUAAUGAUUGUGGAGAGGGAGAUUGAAAGUAUGUGUCACUAGUUAAUCUUAUUCUGAAUCAGUUAUCUGGAUGCUGUUGCUUUUGCAACCAAGGCAGCACAGGAGACCUGGCAUAAGGUAGAAGAACUGGUAGAUUUGCAGUAUGGGAGAGGAAUACAGGUCUGCAGAAGUAAUCUUAAUGGACCCCAAUCCACUCCCCCAAAACAUAAAUGCUCCUAGAGUGAGCUAUAAACAUUAAAUCCUUAAUGGUCAUGGAAUGCUGACUACUGAAUAGAUUACUAAAAAGGAGAGAUGGAGGCAAAGGGACUUAGAUAUUGAAGACCAGAGAGAACCACUUCACUUUGAGUAAUUCAUAUCAAAGUUCCAAAUGAGAAGAUUUAUUUUUAAAUGUCCUGAGAGAGCUGUCCUUAAAAACCUCAGGGAGCUCAAGAAAUCUUAACGUUUUAAUGAGACCAGAGGUGGGUAUCAAUCCCUCCCCGGCUUCUUAACACCCUCCGAUUCUAGCGACAAUGAAUUUGUGCUCUUUGUAACUUGGUUUUUGUUUGGUGUGAAACCUUUUUUAACAUCCUACUGAUACAAGUUCCAGAGUGAACAUGGUUCUCUCUCCAUAGUGCAAACUAGGAGGGUCUGUGGCAUUUUGACAGCUUUUUGCUAUAUUUCAUGCUUAAUACACUGAGUGGUCCACAGCAGUCUUGCCUAUCCCAAUUGCAGGUUUGGGAAGGAGGAAGGCUUACAGCAGCCCCACAGUGUUACCUACUGCUUUUAUUCCUUUUUUUAAAAAAAUCAUUUUUAUUAAUAAUAAAAAACAACCACACACAUAUUUUAUCUAUAUAUCUGAAACAUACAGGCAUAAACAACAAUAAAACUAUAAACACUACUAAACAACAAAACAAAAAUAAAAAACGCAAAACCAACACUAGUGACUUCCUAUCCCCUAACUGAUGAAUAUAUUUCCAUAUAUACUGUACUUCUUUAAAUAAUAAUAUAUUUAUGCUUCUAUAUCAUACAAACUUAGCAAUUUACAAAAUCUAAAACUGAUAUAUGGCCCCAAUGAGACUGUAAAAAAGUAAUAAACAAUUCCCAGUUUUUCUUUAAAAUAUUCAAUGCUUUCUCCUUAAUUAACAUUAUCUGUAUGUCCAUCUCAGCAAGUUCAGUUACUGUAUCUCCACCAACCAAUCUUCUUUUGUUGGAAUGACAGUAUCCUUCCAUUUGGGGGCAUAAACUAUUCUUGCUGCAGUUACCAUAUAUUGUAAAGUCCUCCAUAUUUCUUCUCAGUUUGUUCAUCUAACAUGCCCAAUAAAAACAUUUCUGGUUUCAA